UAAGCUGCACAUAAGCCACACGAAGACAGUUACAGGCUUUCUAUAUACGUGAAGGACGGCAUCUGAAGUUUCACAAGAACCGUUAUGUCCACCAAGGCUGUGCUCAUUGGCUCAUUGGUGGUGGUGGCUGUGCUCCUCUGGGGUUGUGGUGCUGCUCAAGAGGACUUGAAUGCAUGGCUCGCUUUGGCUCCAGGCGAGGGAUUCUUUAUGCUCGAAGGUUCCCAUUGGACGUACGACAAUCAGAAAUGCGUGUACCUGAAAAGGAUGGGGACACACCUCAACCACACUAUGGUAGCUUACUCUGGAUGGCUAAACAAAACAGAAUACACGAGGCACCCGAUACUUCUGUCAACACACCAGGGAUCUGGAGGCGCCGACAGUCUGCUGAAAAUCGAAACAAAGUCUGCAGCUUACUUCUACGAUAUCAAGCACGCUGACAAGAUGACAUCAUGCAUCGUUAUGACAGAACACAACAAUACCACGACCCAAAAAUGCAUGAUGUGGAUCCGCGACCACUUCGCCCGCACUACGAAUGUGGAUGCGAAGCAAAGAUUGACACGAUGCCAAGCAAAGUACACAAGCCUCAACUGCAAGACUGAACAACAACCCGAUAUUGAGGAGCCCAGGUGUCCAGCUUUAACUUCAAUACUUCCAAUAACGACUGACGAAUCCGACCUCAAAUCGUGUCGUUGAAGAUACCCUUCUUCACCGUGCAUUAAAUAAUUGAAAGUUU